AUGGCCUCACUGACCCCAAAAAUUGACUCUUCUCAUGGCAAGGAAAUGAUUGUUGUCAAUGGAGAGGAGUGCAGUGUGACUAACACUUCUGGAGCUGUGAUUGCAGUUGAUCUCCGCAACCCAUAUCCAGUUGAACUUUUUUAUCCUUACAGGUAUGGGUUCUGGAACUUGAGUGGAAAUGUUGAUCUUGCUUUGUUAAGACUCAAGUCAUUGAGGCACUUGGACUUGAGUUUCAACACGUUUGAUUGCAUCUCAAUUCCUGAUUUUCUUGGUUCUUUUCAAGCUUUGCAAUAUCUAAAUCUGUCGAAUGCAGGUUUUUGUGAUAAAAUUCCUCCUAGCUUAGGAAACCUCUCUAGCUUGCACUACCUUGAUGUUUCUUCAGAAUUCAGUCUCUCUUCCUCUCCUUUGAUGGCUGACAGUCUGCAUUGGGUGGCUGGUCUCAGCUCUCUGAGACACCUCGACAUGAAUGAUGUGAACCUUUUGAUCGUGGGACCAGAAUGGCUUCCUGUAUUGAAUAGGCUUCCAUUAUUGACUGAGUUGCAUUUAUCUGCGUGUGGCUUGACUGGUCCCAUUCCAUCCCUUCAUUUUGUGAAUUUCACUUCACUUGCAAUGCUGAACCUUUUCUAUAAUAGCUUCAUUUCAGUGAUUCCUGACUGGAUUCUAAACAUAAGCAGUCUUGUAUAUCUGGAUAUAAGUUCUAAUAGUUUGGAAGGAAGGAUUCCCCUACAUAUCUCUGAGCUUCCAAAUUUGCAACAUCUGAAUCUUGGAGGAAACGGGAAUCUUACUGCCAGUUGUACGCAGCUACUAAAAAGAAGUUGGAAAAGCAUCAAGGAAGCCUUCCUUAAUUCUAUAGGACAAUCUUCUAAGUUGGUUUCACUUGAUUUGUCUUUUAAUCAUUUGAUUGGGACUCUGUCUGAAGCUCAUUUCUCAAAGCUUAGUAACUUGAUGACCUUAUCCAUGUCUUCAAAUUCCUUAAUUUUGAAUGUUAGCUCCAAGUGGGUUUCUCCAUUCCAAAAUUGCUCCAAUUUGGAGACUCUAGACAUUGGGAACAACAAAUUCUCAGGUAACAUUCCACCAUGGAUUGGAGAAAGGCUAACUUCUCUUCGAAUUUUAAGCAUGAGAUCAAAUGCAUUUUCGGGAAGACUACCUCCUCAACUUUCAAAUCUAAGUUCAUUGCAAGUUCUGGAUCUUGCAAAUAACAAUUUGGUUGGAGAUGUUCCAUCCAGCUUAGGGGAUCUUCGAGCCAUGACACAAGUUCAACGUGUGCAUACGUAUCUAAUUUAUUGGCAGUAUGGCGGGUCUUACUAUGAUGAGAAUGUGGUUAUCUCUAUUAAAGGCCAGCCUCGACAAUUCACCAAGACCCUUUCUCUAGUAACCUAUAUAGACUCGUCGGGAAAUUACCUGGUGGGAGAAUUUCCUGGAGCAAUAACGAAUCUUGUUGGCUUAAUUGUUUUGAACUUGUCAAGAAAUUAUAUCAGUGGGCACAUCCCUGAGAAAAUUGCGAACAUGUAUCGAUUGGAAUCUCUUGACAUCUCAAAUAAUCAUCUUUCAGGGAACAUUCCUCUCAGCAUGGCAUCCAUGACUUAUUUGGGUUCUCUAAACUUCACAAACAACAACUUCUCAAGCCAAAUCCCAUAUACAGGGCAGAUGACUACUUUUGAUGCGUCUUCAUACUAUGGAAACUCAGGUCUUUGUGGCCCUCCACUUCUCACAAGUUGCCAAAGUGGUGGUGGUUUAGAUAGAAGAGGGGCAGUGAACGAUAACAGUAACAUAAAGGAUACAUGGUUUUACUUGAGUCUUGGUUUGGGAUUCACAACCAAUAUUUUGGUACCUUGUGUUAUUCUAGCAAUCAAAAAGCCAUGA